AUGGAUGGGUCGGGUAUCGUGGUCUUCUGCAAAAUCAUGAGGAGUGAGACUGGUGAAUCCAAAGGCUUCGGUUUUGUCAGCUAUGACGGAUUUGAGGCAUCCGAUGCUGCUAUGGCCGGCAUGAACGGCCAAUACUUGUGCAAUCGACAAAUCUCAGUGUCGUAUUCUUACAAGAAGGACAGUAAAGGAGAGCGCCAUGGUACAGCUGCUGAACGAAUGAUUGCAGCCAAUAGGGAGAGUUCCCAACCACAUCACGUGGAGAAUGAGUACUAUGCCAGUGUAGGGGCAUCGGCGAUGCCGCAGGCAGCUCCAGCGCCUUUAGCAGGUAGCAAUCUCCCAACUCCUCCUGCUCCUCCACCUGGGAUGUCAGCGCCUUCAUCGGUAGUAGAAUGGGAACGCUCGUACUCGGUUCUCGGGUGUAUCCUUCGUUUAGGGCAACUUCCCGACUCCUCCUAUGCCGCCACCAGGGAUGGCCUUCCCUCCUGGAAUGCCUCCGCCUCCCGGGAUGCCCCCACCACCGGGCAUGCCUCUUCCACCAGGAAUGCCUCCACCGCCGGGGAUGCCACUCCCACCGGGAAUGCCACCACCACCGGGCAUGCCGCUCCCGCCAGGGAUGCCCCCACCGCAUGGAAUGGGUAUGCCUGGAAGUAG